AUGCACGUUUAUUAUGCCGUUGUUCAUCCUGGUCGGUUGCGAAAUAGCGUGCUAACGGCGGAUUAUCUAAUCUCGGAGUCCAACAGAUUAUUGAAUGAGAUUUUGGAUCAACCAAAACAAGUUGAAAAAGCUGUUAAAGGAUUUAUUGAUCGGUACGGCAAAAGAUUAUGGAGGUUGCGUAUGACCAGAAAUGAAGUUCGUUUCAAAGUUGAAGACCCUACAUUAGGAACAAGUUAUCCUUUACGUGUCAUCAUUUAUAAUGUCUCCGG